ACAGCGGCAGUCCCAUGGAGGGGAGUGAAAAAUGAUUAAAAAACUAUAGAAACGGAGCACAUCCCCUUUCAACAACAUGCCGGUGGUGGGUCCACACAACGCUAUUAUACAAAUCCAAGUAAAAAAAUAUAAUAAUAAUAAUAAUGAAAAAAUAGAGGUUGAAGAAGCAAGCACCAGCGUGAAUACCCUAAUUGGAAGAGUUUCACACUCUUUUCUCAUCUUCAGCACCGUCAUCAGAGAGGUUAGUCUUCUUGUUAUCACAAAACAAUGGCUGAUAGUCAAGAUUCAGACAAGAACAUUGAAAUAUGGAAGAUCAAGAAAUUGAUCAAGGCACUGGAAGCUGCUAGAGGUAAUGGUACCAGCAUGAUUUCUCUGAUAAUGCCUCCACGUGAUCAAAUAUCCCGGGUCACCAAAAUGUUGGGAGAUGAAUUUGGAACAGCUUCAAACAUCAAAAGUAGGGUGAACCGACAGUCAGUAUUGGGAGCCAUUACCUCUGCGCAGCAGAGGUUGAAACUAUAUAAUAAGGUUCCUCCAAAUGGUUUGGUUCUUUACACUGGAACCAUUGUCACUGAAGAUGGCAAGGAAAAGAAAGUGACAUUUGAUUUUGAGCCUUUCAAGCCUAUCAAUGCAUCACUCUACCUCUGUGAUAACAAGUUUCACACAGAGGCUCUAAAUGAACUUUUGGAAUCUGAUGACAAGUUUGGGUUCAUUGUUAUGGAUGGAAAUGGCACCCUUUUCGGGACAUUAAGUGGAAACACUCGUGAGGUGCUUCACAAAUUUACUGUUGACCUUCCAAAGAAGCACGGCAGAGGAGGUCAAUCAGCUUUGCGUUUUGCUCGUCUUAGGAUGGAAAAGAGGCACAACUAUGUUAGAAAAACAGCAGAACUUGCUACUCAGUUUUUCAUCAAUCCUGCCACUAGUCAACCUAAUGUUUCUGGACUUAUACUUGCUGGUUCUGCUGACUUCAAGACUGAGCUCAGUCAGUCAGAUAUGUUCGACCCUCGGUUGCAAGCGAAAAUACUGAAUGUGGUAGAUGUUUCUUAUGGUGGGGAAAAUGGAUUUAACCAAGCUAUUGAGUUAUCUGCAGAGAUUUUAUCUAAUGUGAAGUUCAUUCAAGAGAAAAAGUUGAUAGGGAAAUAUUUUGAAGAGAUCAGCCAGGACACUGGGAAAUAUGUGUUUGGGGUUGAUGACACUCUCAAGGCACUGGAGAUGGGUGCUGUGGAAAUACUCAUUGUUUGGGAAAAUUUGGAUAUUAAUAGGUAUGUGCUGAAAAAUACUACCACUGGUGAGAUUGUCAUAAAGCACUUGAGCAAGGAACAAGAGACUAAUCAGAGCAACUUCCGCGAUUUGGCGACUUCUGCAGAGUUGGAAGUUCAGGAGAAGAUGCCGUUGCUGGAGUGGUUUGCCAAUGAGUACAAACGAUUUGGAUGCUCCCUUGAAUUUGUGACCAACAAAUCUCAAGAAGGGUCACAAUUCUGCAGAGGCUUUGGUGGCAUUGGUGGAAUUCUUCGUUACCAGCUUGACAUCAGAUCUUUUGAUGAGUUAUCCGAUGAUGGAGAAGUGUAUGGUGAUUCUGACUAAGUGUCAACCAUUACUUUGUUUUGGAUGAUUGGUGCCUCCAACCAUGACUUGGAUAUUAAUUGUGGUUCCUAGACUUUGACUUUGCCCUUUGGUUUCUGAUACGUAAGACAUGUACUAUUCACUUUUUUCAUUUCCUAUGCUUCAUACAAUUUGCAUUUUUGUUAGUCAAUGUAUGCAUAUGGCAACUCUGCCAGAUUGUGGGCUGAUUUCUCAAGAAGUAAUCAUUCGAAGUGUUUUAUCCUCCUGAGA